CCCCAAAGCAUGUGACCGUGUGAUCUCAGUCACUGCACUCAGACAAAGUGAGAAAUCUUGUGACCAGAGCUUCGGCGGCAGGAGCAGCCCCGGCGCUGAGCGAGAUAAAAAGUGGACCGCAGCGGCUCCGAAGUCCCCCUUCACUCGCCCGACCUCCGCCGCACACCAUGGACUGCGGGAUUUUCACGUCUAAAACCGUCCUCCUCUUCCUCAGCUUGAUAUUCUGGGCUGCAGGAGCGGCGUUGGCCUACGUUGGCGCCUAUGUGAUCAAGAGCUAUGACAACUUUGAAGGUUUCAUUCAGGACAAGUACGCCCUGGUCCCAGCAGCUAUCAUCAUUGGCAUCAGCGUGGUGAUGUUCCUUUUUGGUCUGUUGGGAUGCUGCUCCACAAUCCGGGAGUCCAAAUUCGGCCUCAGCUUUUUCUUUCUGGUCAUCAUGUUGAUCUUUGCAGCUGAAAUAGCUGCUCUGGUAUUUAGCUUCAUCUACCAAGGCAAGAUAAACGGGGACCUGGAGCACUCAAUGAAUGAUGCCUUAGCAAAGUAUGAUGGAGAGGGCACUGAGACCAAAGGUGUGGACUAUCUGCAGACUCAGUUGCAGUGCUGUGGCGUGAUAAAUUACACCAGCUGGUCCAACACGCCCUGGUCUGUCAGCCACAACGGCACGGUGCCUCUGUCCUGCUGUAAAAACGGCACCAUACAGUGCACCGGCAGACUGGAUCAACCAGACCUGCUUAAUGUAGAGGGUUGUGAGGUCAAGCUUACCAGCCUCCUGCAGGAUGUGUGGGGAUACGCCAUGCUGGUCAUUCUGGGCUUCGCCAUCAUCAAGUUCUUUGGGAUGCUGAGCGUAUGUGUGAUCACCUGUAGAGCUGGCAGCCGGAGGAUUGGCUACCAGCCUCUCUAUGCCUGAAACACUUCACUGAAACCACCUGCCACCUCCUCAUUUUGACCUACUGGGUUUGCUCACCACGUGAUAACGGCAAGCACCCUUGUCUGCAUUGUACAGAAGCAUCCAGGUCAAACAUGUACAAAUCUGAGAUUUAUUUUCAAUAACGGGAUAUAAAACACACACAAGUGGCAAGCUCAUCUUGCCAUAACAUUGCUCCUCAGACGAGAUCAACACGAAUGUGGCGUGGCUUUGAAAGUUGAGUUACUGUCUGAAUUUCCCUCUGGAGAUUUUAAUGAGUUCCUGAAGUUUCCAUUUUGGUUGAACUGCCAAAGGUUUCUGUACUGCCACAACCCAACGAUGGCCCUCUUUGACAUAACACAGAUGACGAUGAUAUAAUAAACCUUUUUUUGUUUUAGUAAUUAAAUUAUAGAAAAAUGCUGAUCCCUGUUGGAUUUUGUGUGACUUACUCUUCUGCAGCAGCUUCUUGUUUCUAACGCUGCCUGUAAACCUAGUGCGGCUGCCAUGACAUCACAUGAGAGAAAAGGUGACAGAAAAGAAAAGUAUUUCUGGACAAAACUUCUACUUGUAAAUCUUGUUGAGCCUUUUCACUCUGCUGUAUCAUGUAGAUAUUCUCUUAAAGAAAACUAUUCUUUGGAAUGUACUAUAGUGAUGGACUACAAACAAUAUUAAAAAGCAAUUAUAGGCAAACCAAUUAUAUACAUAUAUGUGAUGUUAUGGUCAGUUAAAUGUAUCUAGUUAAGUUCCAGUUCUGCACAGUUUGACUUUGGUUGUGUUUAUUAUGUUUCCAAAUUAAAAA